GAAACCCAUGAAGAAACAAGCAAAAAAUGGAAGAACAAGUUGAAUUGGUGGGAAGGGCAUUUGUGGAACAUUACUAUCAUUUGUUUGAUACUGAUAGGUCUUCUCUUGCUUCCCUCUACCAUCAAUCCUCUAUGUUGACUUUUGAAGGUCAAAAGCUACAAGGUGGUGAUAAUAUCUGUUCCAAGAUAAACCAGUUGCCUUUCGAUAAAUGUCAUCAUCUCAUUAGCACUAUUGACUCCCAGCCCUCAUCGUUUGCCGGCGGCAUUGUGGUGUUUGUUAGCGGCAGCCUCCGACUUGCCGAAGAAGACCACCCUCUUCGGUUUAGUCAGGGAUGAGGGAGUCGAUCCCUCCCAACUCAUUGAACCCACUGUUACAUCAAAUUUUGUCUCUUCUUUUUCUUCAUCUUUCCUAAUCUACAACAUACGAAAAUUCUAUCUUUCUCAACCCAUUCAACCCACUCAAUUAAAAAAAAAUACAAAACAACUAAGGUAUAAGUUUUAAAACACAUGGUACAAGAGAAAAUAAGAGAGAGAAAGUAGAGAGAGAUGAUGAAGCGGGUUAGUGAAACCAAUUAACUAACUCGUUGAAAUGGGAGUGGUACCAUCAAUAACUCUAUUGCUAAUUAAGAUUUUACGUUUGAUUGUUCUGUAUUUUUUUUAAUUGAAUAAGUUGAAAAAGAUAUAGUUUCCGUAUGUUGUGUGUUGGAAAAGACAAAGAAAAAUAAAAGAGAAAAAAUGAUGUGGCAGUGAGUUGGGAAAUAAUGACUCCCUCUCCGUUAUACCUUGAAUAAAUUAAUAUGUCCGAUUAAGCAUUAUGGUUUCAAAUUCAGAUCAGAAGAAACAAAACAUAUAAUCAACAAAUCCAUAAAAAAAAUCAUUAUUAUUUAAGUAAUUUAGAGUCAUUUAGUGGGUAUAAUUAAAUAAG